AACUAAACCGAUUGGACAGAGGCCCGACUGAAAAAUUUGAGAAAUAUCGGCGAAAUAAAACAAUCAAAAUGAAGUUUUUAUUUGCAAUAAGUCUGGCGCUAGUCAGCACUUGUUUCGCUGCUGACCUUCGUCGAGAUGAGAAAUGGCCACCGAAGGCACUGCUCGAAUUUCUAGAACCGAUUCGAUUAUCCUGUAUGGGAAAAACUGGCGUCACAGCUGAGGCAAUCAAGGAAUUUAGUGACGGUGAACUCCAUGACGAUCCGAAACUGAAGUGUUACAUGAAUUGUGUCUUCAAUGAAGCGAAAGUUGUUGAUGAUAAAGGUGACGUUCAUUUCGAGAAAAUCGAUACACACAUUGCACAGCUCGACGACGAAAUUCGUCACAUUGCUGAGAACUUCCUGGCAAAUUGUAGAAGUAUCAAGGGGGACGAUCCAUGUGAAAGAGCUUUCUCGGUGCAUAAAUGCUGGAAGCUACAUGAUCCAAAACAUUAUUUCUUACCCUGAAUUAGCUGUUGAUUUGCUAAAUAAAUGCAGAAAUCUAUUAGACCACUAUAUUUGCGAACAACAGUCGAACGAUUCCAGGUGCAGGUCUUACCAUUUUAUCGUACAAUUUAUUGUAUUAUCAAAAUUUGCUUACUACAAUUAAAUAAAAUCCGUUGAAUCCA